UUCGGGGCGGUGCCAUGUUCCUCGCCCUGCCCCCGCCGCUGCCAUGAGCCGCCUCAGUAGUGGUUGGGAGGGAACCGGCGAGGAAGUACCGUUUCUUCUGGACCUAUGUGUUCGAUGUCUCACAAAGAACCUUUCCAGAUAUUCUGCUGAUAUAAAGUCAUUACCACCCAAUAUAAAGGAUAAACUGAUUAAAUUAAUGAGUUUGCAAGGGCAAAUAACCGAUUCAAACAUCGGUGAGGUACUGCAUCCUGCUGUAGAGUCUCUAGAUCUCAGAGACUGUCGUAUUUCAGAUAGUGCAUUAUUUCAGCUUUGUAACUGCAAGCAAUUGAAGAAAAUCAACUUAAAUUCUUGCAGAGAAGACAGAUUGGGAAUCACAUCAGAAGGUAUCACAGCACUGGCCUUAUCCUGUCCUUACUUGCGUGAAGCAUCUUUUAAAAGGUGCUCCAGCAUAACUGACAGUGGAGUUCUUGCUCUUGCCCUCAACUGCCAGUUCCUACAAAUAGUGAACUUGGGCAGCUGCUCAGGCAUCAUGGAUGCAUCUCUGCAGGCAUUAGGAAAAAACUGCGAGUUUCUUCACAGUGUGGAUUUUUCAUCUACUCAGGUAACAGAUGAUGGUGUUGUAGCACUAGUGAGUGGAACAUGUUCAAAGAAUUUAAAGGAGGUCCACAUGGAACGCUGUGUGAAUCUGACUGAUGUUGCUGUGGAAGCUGUCCUUACUUGUUGUCCCAAGAUACACAUUUUUCUGUUCCAUGGAUGCCCACUGAUAACAGAUCGUUCCCGAGAUGUUUUAGAGCAGCUGGUCAUAUCAAACAAAAUCAAGCAUGUAACAUGGACAGUUUACUGAUUAUUUGUUGUGUACUUAGGAGUGUAAAGUUUACAGAUGGGAGAGCUCUAAGAAAGCGAGCACCUUGGAGAAAUAGCUGGUGACUUCUGUAGUACCAGAUUGCUUGCCUCGUUGUUUCCACCAGAGGUCUCCAUCACCAUUCCAGUCUUUCCUGUGAGUCUUGGCUUCCCCGUUGUCUCUACUUGAGAGCCCUGUCUGUCUUUGCAUCACUAGCCAUAUUUCAUUAAGAGAAGAGUUAAACUGUAAUUAAUAUUGCACGGCCAUCACUCAGCCUCCUUGAAGUAUUGGGUUCGGCUACUGCUUAGCAUUUUAGCUGCAUAUACAAACCCAAUUUAACUGAGUCUGUGCUCCAAGUUUGUAUUAUGGUAGUGUAGUUGCAACUAAAUGUACCAAGACCGACAUAAUAUUAACUCUAAUGCAGAAGUGUGUGUAAAGUUGGGACUGUAAUCUGACAGAAGUCAACAGACAGAAGUAGUGAGUGGAGGUAGCAUUAACAGCAAUGUGAAUUUUAAGUAGUAAUAAACAGUCUCCUUUUACUGUGUAACUUUUGCUACAUCUAGAGGAAAAAAACAUAGGCACCUUUCUUUUUAUGUUACUGAUGCUGCAGAUGCCUCGUUUUAUUUACCAUAAAAUACUUGCUGGAUUUUUUUACAUAUCCAAAAGUAAAGUCUGUGAACAUGUAAACAAAAUUGCCUUGAAAUUAUUGCGGUGAUGUAAAAAAUUUCAGAGUAGUAGCUAUGACCAAUAAAAAGAAAUCAGUUGUAUAUU